AUGUCAUCAGACUCGGAGAGUUCAUUAUCACUCAAAAAGACUCAUUUAUUGAGGAUUAAGCCAACUGGCACUCGUAAGAUUCACUACAACGCUCUGAGCGACUACGAUUUUAUGCUCAAGACACCGAAGCCCAUUGAUAUAUCUCUGGCGCUCCCACACUAUCGUGCGCGCAAUCAGCCGGUAGACCACCGUUUGGCUAUGUUCAUCAGUAACGAGACGUCACCGAUUAAGCUCAAAGUUUGCCGCUCUGUGCCUCGUUGCAAGUUUUUCCUCGAUAUCAGAACCACCACUUCCAACGUGACCGUUUGGUUGCCCUCAGAUUUUCGAGGUCACAUUCGUUGUUCGGGUACACCAUCUUUCUCAGCUGGUUUUGUCAACCGCAUGAUGGCAAAUGUCCGUGUGAAUGAGGCAAUGUCAAUGGAAGACAAUUGGGACAGCGACGAAGUAUGGGUCGAUACCCGUGGUCUGGUGACUUUCAGGAUGUGGGAUCUUCACACCAACGCUCCAGAAAGCCAGCCCAAAGAAACGUUGAAGCGCAUUUUUAGUUCGACUUGUAAGAAAUUACCGGAGAGGAAUGUUAACUGGGAUUUUCUUCUUGAGGAUUGA